AUGGUGGCAAACGCUAAGCUUUUGGUCGCCUUGGUUGUUCUUGGUGGGGCCGUGGCCUGUGCCAAGGAAGAGCAAACCCCCAGCAAGAGCAGGCGCGGCGUUUUCGGACUCGGCUACGGCCUCGGCGGUUCUUCUUACGGACUGGGACUGGAAGGCGCCGCCUUUGCCGGAGGUCUUGGUGCUGGUUUUGCCGGAGGACUCGGCGGCGUCGGCCACGCUUUCCAACCUGAAGUGACCAUCACCAAAGAAGUGCCCGUGCACAUUCCGCACCCUGUGCCCGUGCCCGUCGUCAAGAAAGUCCCCAUCCCCGUCGCUCACCCCGUGCCCUACCCUGUCGAGAAGCCUUACCCCGUUCCAGUUUUCAAACCGGUUCCCGUGCCGUACGAAAAGCCCGUGCCCUACCCUGUCGAGAAGCCGUACCCUGUGCCUUACCCUGUCAAGGUUCCCGUCGCGCAGCCCGUCCCUUUCCCUUACCCCAUUCACCAUGCUGAGCACUCCCUGGAAAUUCCCGUAGCCAAACCAGUGCACUUCCCUCAGCCCUGGUAAAUGUUUUAGAAUCAGAUGAAAUAAAUUUAUUUUGACUAUAA